AUGGUUGUAGUCACGGGGCAGACCAAAUCUUGUGGACACCUGGGCGAUGCCAUGUCGAGCUCAGAUGCAGAGGAUGAUUUUCAAGAGCCUGCCACUCCAACAGCAACCCAGGCAGAGCACUCCCUACCCCUGCUUCCUCAGCAGUUUCCUGAAGUAGUUCCACUAAACAUUGGAGGCACCCAUUUCAUGACCAGGCUGUCAACACUGAAACGUCAUGAAGACACCAUGUUGUCAGCCAUGUUCAGUGGCCGGCAUUACAUCCCAACAGAUGCUGAAGGCCGAUAUUUUAUUGACAGAGAUGGAACAUAUUUUGGUGAUGUACUUAAUUUUCUACGAUCUGGUGACUUACCUCCGAGAGAACGAGUGAGGUCUGUUUACAAGGAAGCUCAGUAUUAUUCCAUAGGACCAUUGCUAGAGAGUCUAGAAGAGCUCCAGCCCCUGAAAGGAGAGAAAGUCCGGCAGGCUUUCCUGGGCUUAAUGCCCUAUUACAAAGAGCAUCUAGAGCGAAUCAUUGAAAUAGCUAAGCUGCGGGCAAUGCAAAGGAAAGCUCGAUUUGCUAAGCUAAAGAUCUGCGUCUUCAAAGAAGAGAUGCCCAUCACACCCUACGAGUGCCCACUUUUCAACUCCCUCCGUUUUGAGAGGAGUGAAGGGGAGGCCAAGCUUUUUGAGCACCAUUGUGAGGUGGAUGUGUCCUUUGGGCCAUGGGAAGCCGUGGCAGAUGUGUACGAUCUCCUCCAUUGCAUUGUGACGGACCUUUCCGACAGGGGCAUCACAGUGGACCAGCAAUGUAUUGGGGUGUGUGACAAACACUUGAUUAACCAUUACUACUGCAAGCGCCCAAUCUAUGAAUUCAAGAUCACGUGGUGGUAGGCUCUUAGCACAAGGAGAAGGAAAGAGAGCAGGCUGGUGUGUAACCACCUUUGUGUAUUACCAGUCUGGGUUCUGUGAACUGUGGUAUUGCUGAUAUGUGUUGGAAUAUGUUUACCUUGCAGGAGAAUUUGUCCUCCAAAGCUAGCUGUGGAGCUCACUGGAAUUUGCCCAAUGCUUCUUGCUUCAAAGAAGAAAAAUCCUAAAAGGAAGCAUGUUUUUGUGGAUACUACAGAAUAGUCACAGCCGGAGGAUCAUGUUGCUUACACAGGUGCUUAAAGGGCUCUUACACACAGCUGACCUCCACUGUCCAACUGCCUCACUUGCUUUGCACUGCUUUGCAAACAAUGGAUGGAAUCUUGCUGGGGUGAAAUGUUACGAAAGAUUCUCUCUGCAGAGACUCAAUUGGCUGUUGAUGUAGCCACCUGGUGGCAGAAGUAUAUAGCAGCACUUUAUUUUGUACAACUUCCAUGUCUGCUGCUCAUGAUUUCAUUGUUACAACCUUUAGAACAAAAGAAUGAAGUAUCUCUGAGUACGGAGGUGAUUUUUUUUAAAAGAAGAAAAUGGCUGAAAAAUUUCUUAAAGUUUAAAGUGUGUUUAAAGUUAUUAUUUUAACUAUAAAUCUGUGCUGGGGUAUGUAUAGAUCUGUUAAAAAUUAAUUUAUUUCCAUCUUCCUGCUAAGGAAUAAUGAUUUCAUUUGUUGGGUGUGUCAUGGCUUCUUCAAGCUAUCCAAAUUGCAUUCCUCAUAAAAAAAUGAAAUGAUUACGAAAAUGUGCCUGCUCUUUACACCAACAGCUUUUACCUGUUGACAAUUUUUAAAUACAUGUUUUCUUGCAGAGAUGGGUCUGCAAUUUAUGUUCUGAAACUGAGCUAAUCACAGUAGUUGAUGUCCCGAUAUAAAGGUUAGGUGAACAGGAGGGAUGAAAAAUAUUUCAGAUCUCCUGGUCCAAUAGUACUCUGCUUCUUCAACUGCUGAACUACAGUGUGAUCUGGCUGAAUUUGGCUGAUUGUGUGGAUUCUGUUACCAUGGUUUGUAAACUACUGUUUUGGAUCAGUGUGUUGCACUAAUUCAGCCAAUCACAGCUUACUCAAAGAGAAUAGUUAAAGUGUGGCUUAGCAGAAUGUAUUUCAGUAAAGGUAAGAAAUAUUAGGUUGACCCAAAUUAAGAUGGAUGAGCUAGCAACAUAUGCUCACUUUCUUUUUGAUUGACAAAGUCUCACAUGUUCUUACGGUAUUCUAUUGGACCAAUAGUUGCCAUCCUUUUGGAGAUCUAUUAGACAACCUAUUAACUGUUGGGUCAUCUUUUGAGAGAAAGGUAGUGCAGUCUGAUGUAACCAGAAUGAACAGUAAAUUUUCCCAUCUGAUUUGUGUUCUCCUUUGAUGUUUCCUGAUAUUUGGUGUCAUCUUUUGAUCAUAAUAUCCCCCCCUCUCUUUCCGCAUGGCAUAAUUAGGCUGACCAUAUUUAUUUUAUCCCCAUGCUGGAUGUUCCUACCAUCACCAUCAUCUCAAAAGUACACGAUAUGACUGCAUGGAUGCUACAACAACCAGAAAUUUGGAACUAAAAAUCGUAAUGAGGUGGAACCAUUGGUGGAAUUGGAGCACCACCACCCCCAAUCUCCAGAUUAGAAAUCUGGAGAAGGAAAUGUCUGAGGUCAAACCCUUAGGUCUGUAGUUGCCAUUCCCAAGGGAAAGCAGACAGUUUGGCGAGAUUCUUGUAAUAUAAGUGAUCAACAAUAAACUAUCUACUUGGGCCUAUUCACAAGUGAUUCCAAUUGCUUUCGCCUGACAGCUAUAAACAAUGGGUAAAUUUCAAUUCCACAGGUGCAAUGGGUCCCAAUAUUUUACAUACCCCUUAAUUUAGCAGAUUUGAGUUACCUUUAUUCAAAUAUUAUUCUGGUAUAAUUAAUGUGCCAUUUUCUUUAACUGAAUGGCACAAACAGGAGAAUUUUAGUAGUGUAUAGAAGACAGAUGGUGGAAGAAUUCUUUCAGAGAACCAUGGUGGAGGAAAAUAUAGUGGCUGAAGAAUUUCUAGAAAAAGGAAUAAAAGAAAAAAUGUGCUUUUCUGUUUCUUGAAUCCUGAUGUUCAUCAAAUAUUUGAUGAGUCCCCAUCAAACUUACGUAGUCCCAUCAGGUUUUUCUUUCCUGAAAUUUUUAUUUUUUGAUACUUUGAGUGACUGCCAGUAGCUAAUCGCAAGGGCUCCUAUGCAGUGCAUAGUUGUUGACCAGAGAUUGAAGAGGGUACCAGCAAAAGCACAAGUAGCAAAUACAUGAGACCUGUGUGGCUUAUGGUUAGGGGUUAGCAUGCUAGCUGCCUAUCUUUUGCUUAGAGUCAGUUUGCUUGGAGAUUUAAUUAUGUAUCGCGCCAUCCAGGUAGUUGGUGCAACACCCUAGAUAGCCGCUGGCCAAUCUAAAAAAAUCUAAAAUUCGUCAAGAAGAAUCUUAGUAUACUUAUUAAAAUAACUUGUACCAUAGUCAUUGCAGUGUUUAGAGAUGGCAGCAAUUAAGAAUUAUUCAGAAAAACGUCUUUCUCAGAAAUUAUUUAGGCUGCAAUCCUAAAAGAACAGAAUCAUCACUGUAUUACACUUACUUUUGAAAACACAGGAUUAUUAUUUUCCUACAACUAUGUUGAUUUGUGAGUUUAAAGCCUCUCCUCACUCUACCCUUCAAUACAAAUAAAUUAACGUGCAUAAAAAUAUAAUCUGGAUAUAAACGCUUUGCAUAAAUGUGUAAUCCUUAAUGCAUUACACUAAUUCAGUGAUUAAUUUCUGUUAUGAUUAUUCUUUAGAUACUUAAAUCAUUUUAGUCAUAUGCAUUGAUACUUUAUGAUCUAUUUGUGCAGUCCUAUAUCUAAAUGCGGGUUUCAAUAAAUGGGUUUAAAAUUGCAGCCAAAAUGCCAUCGGGAAGAAGAAAAGAGUGAAAUGUAAUUGGAAUGUGGAUGUUGCUCUUUAUGUCAAAAUGGCAAACAACGCUAAAACAAAAUGUGAUUCCCCUAAACUCCUCAU